AUGUUCAGAUCCAUCACCAAAGUAUCAAAGAGCACUAACCUCAAGCCUACCGUCAUUUCCAAUGCUUCUUCCACAAGAAUGUACAGUGAAUUGAAGGGUACCAAGACUCACAAUAACUUGAAGGAAGCUUUUGCUGGUGAAUCCCAAGCUAACAGAAGAUAUCUCUUCUUCGCCGAUAGAGCUGAUGUUGAAGGUCACACUGAUAUUUCCCAAUUGUUCAGAUCUACUGCUGAUGGUGAAACUGCUCACGCUUUUGGACAUUUGGAAUUCUUGGAAGAAGCUGGUGACCCAGCCACUGGUGAACCAAUGGGUGAUACUGAAUCAAACUUGAUUUCUGCUAUUGCUGGUGAAACUCACGAAUAUACUUCCAUGUAUCCAUCUAUGGCUAAGACUGCCAGACAAGAAGGUUUCGAUGAUAUUUCUGAAUGGUUCGAAACUCUUGCUAAGGCUGAAAAGUCACACAGCAAUAAGUUUACUGAUGCUUUGAACAAGUUAAGAGCUUCUCAAUAAAUCUUUUAACACCUGCUUUUUUAAA